AUGCCAAGUACUAUCAACGAGAGCAAGCGCUCGGGCCGACAGGUCGACGGCGUCUCCCGACCGUCAGUCCUAUCGGUCAUUACCUGCACUAAGCGCACCUUGACCGUCGCUCAAGAGCUCAUGCUCAUCGAAUUUAACAAAGGCGCACACAAGACCCCAGAGUAUCUUGCACACCAGCCUUUCGGCCAGGUCCCGUACAUCGAGGACGACGGCUUGGUGCUUUUCGAGCGCCAGCGAUAUCGGGGCCACGGCGAAGUUCGCGCAGGCGGCCAGCAUCGAGCGAUGCCCCCGGCGGUAGGGCUCGCGAUUGAGGGCGUCUUCAAGCCGUUCUUCGGGCAGCAGACGGACACGACAGCGGUCGAGGCCGAGAAGGGUGAAAGCAAGAUGAUGGGUACGAGGGAGUUUGCGUCACGUUAGAUGCUUACCACUGUCAUUCUUCGCGGUCGCCGUCGUCGUUGCCGCCGUGGUGUGCACACGCGUGGAUCGGGCCCUCGACUCUUCCGCCCACCCCUUGGGCUCUCCAGCUCGUAUUUUCCCCCCGUCUCUCGCCUAUCGUUUCAUCAUGCGCGCAUUGCCUUUGUCCCUCUCCUCUACCGGGCGCAUCAGGGCAUGGCUACUUAUCAAUCUUCUUACCAUUCGUCCCGCGGGAAAGGGAGGUCUGCAGACCUCGUUGUAUGCCACUUGUGUAACUUAGUCAUCUUCCUCGUACACGGUGCGCGCAAUCAGUACACUGCGCCGGGGCGUAUCUCCGAAUAC